AUGCGCAAGAUUCAGUGCUCGUCGCCGUCCUCAGUCGCCGCGGAGGUCAACUCUGUGCGGACCAAAGUGUGUCUUGCAGAGACUGAAGAGUCGUGGGAUGCCAUUGCAGGCGGAAUCAGCCACCUGACGGCUCUCUGCAACCAAGGCGGCUGCGAGUACCCAGCCGAGUUGACCAACGCUAUGCGGUCGCUUUCUCGACCACUCAGCUCUGCUAUCUGCUCGGAGAGAAGUAGGCUCUCUGGUGCUGCCAUCGAGUUGGUCACCACACUCGCAGCCGGACUCAGCUCCGCAUUUGAUUCACUCCUCCCCAUUUUCCUACCCACACUGCUGAACGUAUGCUCCCGCACCAACAAGGUCUUCACAACGAGAGCCAAAGCCUGCAUCGUAACAAUCAUCGAAAACACUCAACUGCCCAUCAUUCUCACCUACCUCGCGGACGCUGUAAAAAACAAGUCCAUCUCCCUUCGUCUCACUGCCAUAGAGGGCGUGUUGAGCUGCUUGAACUGCUUCAAUCCACCCGACAUCGAGAAAGAUGCACGUGCAAAGUUGGUCGAAGAGGUCAUCAAAGCGACCGCUCGAGAUGCAAACUCUGACAUCCGCAAAGUCAGCAAGAAGGUUUUCGAGGCCUAUAAGGCGCUGAUGCCUGGCCGUGUGGCAGGUUUCGUUGCUCCCUUGACGCCUGUGGUCAGGAAAUAUCUAGAUAUCUCCAUAGCCCCAGCGGACGGGAAGUCUGUAUCCGGCAGACCUAUCAAGCCUCCUAUCAAGUCCCUCUCCUCUCAUGACUCCAUGAAGUCUAAGCCAUCCGCGACUGCGAUGCAGUCUUUACCCCGAUCUGCCGGUGCGGAUGUACCGAGCGGUCCCCAGCGGGUAAAGGACGCUAUUGCACCUCAUCCCGGUCCAUCCAAACCAGCCAGGAGCGCCCCGCCAUCCCGCCCUGCUUCAGUCAUGUCCGGUCGGGUCACGCCACAACCAUCCACAUCGAACCAGCAGCCUGCACGAAGACCACCAACCCGACCUGCUAGUCAGCUGGGCAGGGCGAAACCUGCAGAUAUUCACCAGAAGCUGACUGGAGCGACUCGCUCGCAGCAAGGACCACGGCGUCCAGAGGCCCUCAGACACACCUCUCAGCCAACCCUCACAGCGGAGGCGAAAGCACGUACGGGAGGCGGCGCACGGCGGGUUCCGUUACCAACACCUGAUCCCGCACCUGCCGUCGUUCGCGAAGUUAAAGAGAGGCAGAACGAAAGUAGCUCGGCGGGCGCACAAGAAACCUCGCGAGUGCCAAAUGCAGAGGAUCAAAAGAAGCCUGCAGCAACCAGACCGCGAAGUGCCACCAAUCCUACAAAGUCGGCAGCGAUGCGUCAAAAUGUGGUCAAAGAGGAUCAUGGCAAGGCGCCCGCUGCAAAAGUUAAACCGGCCUGGGGUCAAUCGCAACCAGGCAAACCAACUAAGCCGUUGGCCGUUCAGCCUAAGAGUAGAGGUAUAGUUCCCGGCAAGCCUGCACCCCCAACGAAGAGUGCGUCGUCUAAGGUCCCAGCUACGAAUUCACUUCCGAAGCCAGACGUGGCAGCAGCUGCCGCCAUUCCUCUCCCGCCCUCACCUAUUCCCGAAACGCCAAAAGGACCGGCCGCUAUACCUCUGCCCGCCUCGCCGAAACUCACUCCUUGCUCUAUCACCGCCAAGACACCCAUUACGGAGCUUCUGACAUCCAUCCAACAGGGUUUCCAGUUCACUCCCUCGACGCCGCUCCCGCCGCCUCACCUGUAUCUUCCGAAAGGACGUGGUGGUCCAUCUAAACCACUUAUCCUUAUAGAUCAGUCGGACGACUCAGCGAGGCGGACACUUGAAGAGAUUGACAUCAACUGAAUAUAUAGCUUGACCGGUCUAUUUAAUGCCAUUGCUUUCAUAGUUUGCUUGGUGCGGGGAUCUAGGAUAUGAGGGAUAACGUAGGCUAAAUCAUUGCUGUAGUCUGCUUUCGUACGUCAAACCGAG